UUGGACAGGAGAUGCGGAGGUCUGCGGGUUUGCUUCUCCACUUUCCUCUGUAAAGACCGAGGAAAAGAGGUCCUCACAGUACUCUGAUUCUUUUGCCAGCUGUCGAACCCUCCCGCAUUUGGAUUUAGUAUAUACACUGCAUUGUAUAUAUUUACUCUGCUGAGGGUAGUUGAGGGGAAUGAAUAGCAGGAGAAAUCUACCGUGACUUUGUCGGAAGAGAAAGUGGCUCCCGGUGCCAGCGGGGCAGAUAGUUGCCGUUGUCUCUGUCCGUGCUGCUGGUUAGCGUCUCAUCACUGGGAACUGGGGAAGAGAAGCUAGCUUCCUGUUUCCUCUGUAUGUUGCCUGGGGAAUAACACCACAGCGCCAAGAUGGACCUGAAGCUGCUCUUGGUAUUGUCAUUGUUAGGAGUCUUUUGUUACAGCAAUGCUCAGAAAGAGGGGAAUGAGUGCAUCAAUGCCAACGCCAAAUACUGCGGGGAAUGCAUCCAGGCUGGAGCCAAAUGUGGCUGGUGUAAAGACCCAAACUUCCUGAAACAGGGUGAGACCGUGUCGACCCGUUGUGACGAGCUACAAUCUCUGAUAAAGAGGGGCUGUGAUAAUGCAAUGAUCGAAAACCCGCGCGGGGAUCAGAAGACCCUCAAGAACAAAACUGUGACACAUCGCAGAAAGGGGGCAGAAAAACUGAAGCCAGAGGACAUCACUCAGAUUCAGCCCCAGAAACUAAGCCUCACCCUCCGAUCUGGUGAACCCCAGUCUUUUGACUUGAAGUUCAAACGAGCUGAAGAUUAUCCCAUCGACCUGUACUACUUGAUGGACCUGUCCUACUCCAUGAAGGACGAUCUGGAGAACGUCAAGAACCUGGGAACCAGUCUGAUGCUGGAGAUGUCAAAGAUUACCUCUGACUUCAGGAUAGGUUUUGGUUCCUUUGUGGAAAAGACAGUCAUGCCGUACAUCAGCACCACCCCGGCCAAGAUGCUGAACCCAUGCACAGGCGACCAGAACUGCACCAGCCCGUUCAGCUACAAGAAUGUCCUGAAGCUGACUAGUGAUGGCAAGAGGUUCAACACCCUGGUGGGCCAGCAGCACAUCUCUGGAAACCUGGACUCUCCUGAGGGGGGCUUUGAUGCCAUCAUGCAAGUGGCUGUGUGUGGGGAGCAGAUUGGUUGGAGGAAUGUGACUCGUCUCCUGGUGUUUUCCACUGAUGCUGGCUUCCACUUUGCUGGCGAUGGCAAACUGGGAGGUAUUGUUCUACCCAACGACGGGAAAUGUCACUUGGAGAACAAUAUGUAUACCAUGAGCCACUACUAUGAUUACCCCUCCAUUGCUCACCUGGUUCAGAAGCUGAGCGACAAUAACAUUCAGACCAUCUUUGCAGUCACAGAGGAAUUCCAGCCUGUUUACCAAGAGCUGAAAAAUCUGAUACCAAAGUCUGCAGUGGGCACUCUGUCUGCCAACUCAAGCAAUGUAAUCAACCUCAUUAUAGACGCUUACAAUUCUCUCUCAUCUGAGGUUAUUCUGGAGAACAGCAAGCUUCCAGAGGGAGUGACCAUAACUUACACAUCCCGCUGUAAGAACGGAGUGGUUAGUGUGGGCGAAAAUGGACGGAAGUGCUCCAACAUCUCCAUCGGGGAUGAGGUCACAUUUAGCAUCAGUGUGACAUCUAAGGGCUGUCCAAAACAAGGCAAGCCUGAGACCAUUAAGAUGAAGCCCCUGGGAUUCACAGAGGAGGUGGAGAUUACCCUCAACUUUAUCUGUGAGUGUGAAUGCCACAAGGAUGGUAUCAAGAACAGUCCACUCUGCCACUUUGGUAACGGGACCUAUGAAUGUGGAGCCUGCAAGUGUAAUGAAGGACGUGUGGGCAGACAGUGUGAAUGCAGCAGCAAUGAUGUGGCCACAGAGGACAUGGACAGGACCUGCCGUAAAGACAACAGUACUGACAUUUGUAGCAACAACGGAGACUGCGUGUGCGGCACAUGUGAGUGCAAGAAAAGAGACAACCCUGAGGAGAGGUACAGCGGCCAGUACUGCGAGUGUGACAACUUCAACUGUGACCGCUCCGGAAACAAACUGUGUGGAGGGCAUGGACGCUGUGAGUGCAGAGUGUGUAUCUGUGACCCCAUGUGGACUGGAAGUGCCUGUGAUUGUUCUCUGGACAACAGCACAUGUAUGGCCAGCAACAAGCAGAUCUGUAACGGUAGAGGAACUUGUGAAUGUGGUACUUGCAAGUGCACUGACCCCAAAUUCCAGGGUCCCACCUGUGAGACUUGCCCUACCUGUCCUGGAGUCUGUACUGAACACAAAGAGUGCAUCGAGUGCCGGGCGUUUGGCACUGGUGAGAAGAAGGACACAUGUGAGAGAGACUGCAGCUACUUCAACUUGAUUAAAGUGAAGGACAGGGACAAGCUACCCCAGCCCAACGUCCCCUCCUACCCUUUGAUGCACUGCAAGGAGAGGGACGCCAAUGACUGCUGGUUCUACUACACCUACGCUGUCAACAACAACACAGAGAAGGAGGUCCAUGUGGUUGAAACGCUGGAAUGCCCCGCCGGUCCUGACAUCAUCCCCAUUGUGGCAGGCGUGGUCGCCGGCAUCGUCCUGAUUGGCUUAGCCCUGCUGCUCAUCUGGAAGCUGCUGAUGAUCAUCCAUGACAGGAGAGAGUUUGCCAAGUUUGAGAAAGAGAAGAUGAACGCCAAAUGGGACACGGGUGAAAAUCCAAUCUACAAAAGUGCUGUCACGACUGUGAUCAAUCCUAAAUAUGAAGGAAAAUGAUGGCGUCAUAGUUUUCAAUUAACUCUGCUAACAAGUAUCUGACAGCUGCAGUAUUUGUGGGUCUGAGGGGAACUUUUUUUUCUUAUCACUUUACCAUUAUAAUGUAUCAUGCGGCCACUGCAUCUGUAUUUUUACUGACACUUAUGAUUUAUAUGCAUUUGUUGUAUUUUAGAUGUACAGUCUACAGUAUGUGUAUAUACUUUUAAAUAGCAUAUUUGCAAAAAUUAUGACAUGAGGGUGCUUUUUUCCUGCCACAGGACUGGUAUGGGCGGAGGAUUUAGCUAUUUGUUUUUUUUGUUUAUUUGUUUUAACAACACAAUGUGGACACUAUGGAUAUACAAUAUAUGUACAAGAAUUCCUCAGCUUCUGUCUCUUUCUCAGACACUUCUCUGUCUUUCACUCUCUCUCCUCUUCUUCUCUGUGCACUGACUUCCUGUGUGUUUCUGUGUGUUCCAGACAGGACCUGAGUUUAAUAUUUAAAUUGUCAGCCAGAGCAGUACAUUAUGUCAGUGUGUGUAUAUAUAGAUAACAACUGCAAUAUGAAUUAUUGAAUGAUAUUCAGCAUUCAGCUUAGAUUGGACAGUUGUGUCACAGUAGGUUAUGCAGUGGUUGUAAAUGUAGUUUUGAACUGCAGCUUAGAAACAUCAAAUGUUUGAGAUCGUCGAUACUGUUUUCUAUUCUAAGAGUAAAUACACAAGAUGAAGAUUAAUUAAAACUGCCAUUUGAAUUGUUGAUAUACUAUAACAAAGGGACUGUAAACCACUUGGUAAAAUUAUGAUACUGUGGCAAUGUUGAAUAAUCAGAGGAUUUGUAUAGUUAAGAUAAUUGCAAUUAACUAAUGAAAUAUUGCUGUAUUUGCUAACUGCAGUAACUUUAUUAGUCAUUCUCAGGUCCUUUCUUGUGUUCAUGUCAAGUACACCAAAACUCAUUUGUGUGUGUCAGCUUUGUUAGUUAUAGUUGUUUGGAUUGUAAGACUGAACCAACAGUGUUGUACAUCAUAUGAAUCACCUCUGAAAUGCUUUCACACCCAAAUGCCUAUCCAGUAUUGUUUUCAAAGUGCCUUUUAUUUCAGUACCAUGUUCUCUCCCAAUGCUGUUUAUGAGUUAUUUAUUUAAUAAAGUACAAAAACUGUCUGUUUA